AUGGCGAAAGACACCGUACUCGAGGGCGUCUUCGCCAUCAACAAGCCGUACGGCAUGAGCUCCGCGCAGGUGAUCCGCGAUUGCCAGACGCAAAUGAACCCUUCGGGUCUGUUCAAGCCUUUGAUUGAGAGGGACCUCGCUGCCAAGAUGUCCGAGUCGAAGAACGAAUGGAGUCGUCGCCGGGCCGUUAAGAAAGACUCGCGCGUGAAGAUGGGCCACGGAGGAACCCUCGACCCAUUGGCGACUGGCGUGCUCAUCCUGGGCGUCGGAUCGGGAACUAAGUCGCUCGGCUCGUUCCUCGACUGCACAAAGACCUACGAGACUGUCGUUCUCUUCGGCGCAAGCACAGACACCUAUGACCGCGUUGGCAGAAUAUUGAGCAGACGGCAGUACGACGAAAUCACGAAGGACAAGGUUGAGAAGGCAUUGGAAGGCUUUCGGGGCAAAUUCCAGCAAAUUCCGCCUCUGUACUCGGCGCUCAAGAUGGAGGGCAAGCCCUUAUACGAGUACGCUCGUGAGGGCAAGGCCAUCCCGCGGGAAAUCGCAGGGCGAGAAGUUGAGGUCACUGAGCUUGAGAUGGUCGAGUGGUACGAGCCUGGCACGCACAACUACAGAUGGCCUACAGAGGAAGCAGAGGCGGCCGAGAAGAACCUCGCUGAGCAGGUCUGGCGGGUAGAGAAGCAGCAGGGAUCCAGCCGCAAACUGACUCCCGACGAGGAAAAGGAGGAAGAAAAGGCCCUCUCCGAGCACGAGACUGUUAAGAAGAAGUUUGAGGAGCGCCAGGACGGUCUUAUCCGUGACAAGCCUGCAAAGAAGCAGAAGCCACCCAAGAACCCGGCCCUCAUGUCCGGCGCCCUGGGACAGCUCCCGGCUGGCAAGGGCUCCAACCUGAUCCCCCCGCCUCCGUCCGCCGAUGAGCCGUUCCCCUGGACCGACAAGGGACCGCCCGCUGCCCGGAUCCGCAUGACGGUCACCUCUGGAUUCUACGUGCGCAGCUUCUGCCACGACCUUGGUGCCAAAGUCGACUCCGCGGGCAUGAUGGCGGAGCUGGAGCGUUCGCGACAAGGCGACUUUGAAGUCCGCACCGACAACUGCCUGGAAUACGAAGACCUACUCAAGGGAGAGGAGGUCUGGGGCCCCAAGGUGACGCAGAUGCUGAACGUCUGGACCGAGAAGUACCCCAACGGAGCGCCCCAGGUGGCCCAGAAGCGGCAGAACAACCAGGAGCAGCAGAACCAGGGCCGCAAGCAGGACAGGAAGCGCAAGUGGGAGGGUAGCAAGAAGUUCGACAAGAACGUCAAGAAGAGGAGAAACUCUAGCUCUGGAGAUGAGGCGCCUGCCUCGAAGGUUGCAAAGACGGAGGCGUCUAAGGAGACCAAGGAGUCGCCCAAGGGAUCUCCCAAGGCGUCACUGAAGUCUUCGCCCAAGACAUCACCCAAAGGUUCGCUAAAGUCUUCCCCAAAGGGUUCUCCCAAGGUGAAGGCAGCUGACACAAAGAAGAAACUGAAGCCUGAAGAAAUCGAGUGGGAGGGCAUCCAGGACUAA